AUGUCUUUAAAUGAUAAAGCAGUGGCUAGCGCACAAGCUAGGCCUUAUUAUAAUAGUGAUACAUUUAAUAUCGGGUAUCCUGCGGUCUUCAACCCAGAUAAAGGUGUCUUGGAUCAAAAUGGUACAUCCAUUGCGUCAAAACUCUCCAUAGCUAACCAGAAACGAUCACGCUUUGCCUCUGGUCAUUCAAGCUCAGGGGCCAUCGAUAGAUUGAUUCCCGUAGGUGGGAUAGGUGCUUCUGUUGGUGGAAAAUAUGGAGCCCAAUUAUAUUUCCCAGGUAUCUCUUUGACUUGGAAUGAUAUGUUUAGCAUUGGUAGAUGGGAAAAUUUGAUAUGGAAAGUUCUAUUAAGACAAUACUGUAAGAAUUUAAUUCAGCAACCAUUUGAAACAUGUAAAAUUAUAAUGCAAACAACUUCAAUAAGUAAACAGCUAUCUUAUCAGUCUAAUGAAGAAGUGAGUACGAAUAUUACUGUAGAAGCAGCUAAUGACAAAACUUCUAUUCCAGCUUUACCUAUAAAUGAAGAGAUUGAUUUCUUUCCAGUUCAAAAUCAAUCGAGUGAUGGGAUGGAUCAAAGUUCAGCUUGGGCUAAGGAUGAUAUUAAUGUAACCAGAAUAGAUGGGUUCUCAAAGUAUGAUCCUACUAUUACUGAAAAUAUGUUAAAUAUUGAUAAAUUAACGACAUGGAAUGUGAUCCAUUCAAUGCGUAAUAAUAAAAAUUUUGGAAUUGGGUCAUUAUGGAGAUCUAAUAAUAUUACAUUUUUUUACAAUUUUUGUAAAAGUGGAAUAAUGUGGUUUACUUCAAGGUUUAUAUCACCUUUUUACUAUUAUUAUAGUUUAUCCUUUUCAUCGAUCCUUGGUUUGAGGAUUUUAACAAAUUUUAUGACAGAGGUGAUAUUAUUACCAUUAGAUCUUUAUAAACUGAAAUCCAUAAUUAGCAAACAUUCUGUGAAUGAGUUGGAAAACAAAUUAGAUGAGAAGGAAGAAACAAAUAAAAGUCUGGAAGACGUUCAGCAUAUUGAGGAAUCCAUGUUGUCAACAGUGAUGAGGAAAUUAAAACUGAAAAAUUAUUGGAAUUUCACUUUAGACGAUAGAACAUUGAGAUUAUUUUGUUUAAUAUUAUUAAAGACUGCCUGCAAAAAGUUCUUCGAUAAUGGAUUGGAGUUUUUGAUAUAUUAUUGGCUGAAUUUCACGAACGUUGAGAAUAAAAUAUAUUUGAUAUUCAUGUUAAAAUUCGUUACUGAAUUUUGUGAAUUUUUCAUUAAAUUACCAGUUGAGACAUUGUUACGCAGAUACCAAGUUGAUUAUCUACUGGAAAACGAUAACAGUAACAACGGCAAUAGCAUUAAAUUGAAGAAGGAAGAUUUAAUUAUAAGACCAAUCAAUGUAAACACAUCAGAGAUAUGGCAAGGCCUGUGGAACGGUUGGAAAAUUGGAUUGAUGAGCUUAGUAUGUGGUUUUAGUUUUAAAUUACUGAACAAUAUCGAUGACGAUUUAGAACAAGAAAGAUUCUGA